AUGUCGAAACGACCAGCAGACAGUGGGGACUCCAGUUCCCAACCACCUAUAAAGAAAGUACAAUUUGAGCCGAUCUUAAUUGGACCUAUAUCUACCCUGGAGGAAAUGGACAUGAAGGUUUUACAGUUCCAGAACAAGAAGCUGGCGCAGAGAUUGGAACAAAGGCAUAGAAUGGAAGCUGAAUUGAGACAACGUAUUGAACAAUUAGAGAAACGUCAAAUGCAAGAUGAUGCAGUACUUAAUGUAGUUAAUCGAUAUUGGAAUCAACUCAACGAAGAUAUACGUGUACUACUGCAAAGAUUUGAUGCUGAAACUGCUGAUGAAUCAGAAAAUAAAAACGAGAGCGAAGCCACAACAUCGUUUCUUAUGCAGUUAUCUUCUUGGGAUAAAGAAGAAUUAGAUGACAAAUUAGCAAAUCGUGUACAAGUGUCGAAACGAGCUGUGUCUAAAGUUGUACAAGCAUUCGAUCGUUUAUCUCAAAGAAACGAGAAGAUUACUCUUGCGCUUAAAGGAGAAUUUGACGGUGAAGAGGUGCCAAACAUUGACGAAGUUGUUCGGCGUGCUAAUGCAGAAAUACAAAUGGAAAACAGAAAUUUGCAAGCGAUAAACAUACAGCUGCAUGAAAAAUAUCACACAAUCUCAUUAAAGAUGUCAGAAUUGCAAGAUACAAUAACAGGCAAAGAUACGCUUGCAGCAGAAUUGCGAAAUCAGGUUGACGAUUUACAGUACGAAUUGAACAAAGUGCGCGCGAGAAAUGAUAAAUUGGAACAUCAUCUUGGAGAAGCAAUCGAAAAGUUGAAAGCUUUUCAGCAAAUUCAUGGUUCAGAUGAGAAAGGCAGUAAUAAACCAAAUACUUUGGUUGCAUCCAGUGUUUCUCAAACUAAGGUUGAAGACUUACAAAGAGAACUUGAAGAAACGCGUGAAUUAGCUAACAAUAGACUGCAGGAAUUAGAUAAAUUGCAUCAGCAACAUCGUGACACCUUAAAAGAAGUAGAAAAAUUGAAAAUGGAUAUAAGACAACUUCCUGAAUCAGUGAUCGUGGAAACAACAGAAUACAAAUGUUUGCAAUCGCAAUUUUCUGUAUUGUAUAACGAGUCUAUGCAAUUAAAAACACAAUUAGAUGACGCUCGCCAACAAUUGCAGUCGAGUAAGAAUGCACAUCUGCGCCAUAUUGAGAUGAUGGAGAGCGAAGAGUUAAUGGCCCAAAAAAAGUUGCGUGGAGAGUGUAUACAACUUGAAGAUGUUUUAGCACAAUUACGUAAAGAAUAUGAGAUGCUUCGUAUUGAAUUUGAACAGAAUUUAGCAGCUAAUGAACAGACGGGUCCGAUCAAUCGAGAAAUGCGGCAUCUUAUUACCUCUCUUCAAAACCAUAAUCAACAAUUAAAAGGGGAAGUGCAUCGGUACAAACGAAAAUACAAAGAAACUUCUACUGAAAUACCUCGAUUAAAAAAAGAAGUAGAGGAAUUGACAACCAAGUUAGGGCAACAAACGUCGCAAGAAAAUAAAGAAGGAAAUAAUUCAGAUGGCAGUGGAAAAGAAGAAGAUGCCUCAAAUUCCUUGCCUGGUUCUACACAGAUAAAAGAAGAAAGCGGUGUUUCAAUAAAAAGGGAAUCUGGUGCUGAUGAAGAAGUUGAAACUAUUGAGGUUGGAGAAGGAGAAGGCAAUAAAAACACGCCAGAUUCAUUAACAUUAACUUCACCGACUCUAAAAAAGGAAAAAGAUAUAAAACGUGAGAAAGAUAUAAAGAAAGAAUCUGUGAAAACUGAACAUCGGGAUCCUGCACAUCGCACUAAAGACGCAAAAAUAGCGGAAUCGGAGCUUGUUAGGGAUUUGAAGGCACAACUUAAAAAAGCUGUUAAUGAGAUGAAAGAAAUGAAGCUUUUAUUAGAUAUGUAUAAAGGUGUUGGAAAAGAACAACGAGACAAGGUACAAUUAAUGGCUGCAGAGCGUAAAACAAGAGCAGAAUUAGAAGAUUUACGACAGCAAGUCAAAAAGAUUCAAGAAAGUAAACGCGAAGAACGUAAAAAGUUAGCUGAUGAAGAUGCGCAAAUAAAAAUUAAGAAACUGGAAGAACAAGCAUAUACAUUGCAACGCCAAGUCGCUUGUCAAAAACAGAAUUGUAUUGGGCUGCAGGAAGAGGAAGCGCUUUUAAAUGAAAUGGAAGUGACCGGGCAAGCAUUUGAAGACAUGCAAGAGCAAAACUCUAGACUGAUACAGCAACUGCGUGAGAAAGACGACGCGAAUUUCAAGCUUAUGACGGAGAGAAUUAAAAGUAAUCAAUUGCACAAGCUCGCGAGGGAGGAGAAGGACGUGCUGAAAGAGCAAGUGUCUACAUUAACGACGCAAGUAGAAGCGGCCAACGUAGUUGUACGAAAAUUAGAAGAGAAGGAACGUCUUUUACAAAACUCUCUCGCCACGGUAGAAAAAGAAUUAGCACUGAGACAGCAAGCAAUGGAGAUGCACAAACGGAAAGCAAUAGAAAGCGCACAAUCUGCAGCUGAUCUCAAACUUCAUCUUGAGAAGUAUCAUUCCCAAAUGAAAGAAGCGCAACAGGUCGUAGCCGAGAAAACUAGUUCCUUGGAAGCUGAAGCAUAUAAAACUAAAAGAUUACAGGAAGAGAUAGCGCAACUCAGGCGUAAAGUCGAACGUAUGAAGAAAAUUGAGCUUGCUGAAACCCUGGAUGAAGUAAUGGCGGAGGAGCUACGGGAAUACAAGGAAACUUUAACGUGUCCGUCUUGUAAGGUAAAGCGCAAGGAUGCCGUGCUUACCAAGUGCUUCCAUGUGUUCUGUUGGGACUGUCUGCGCACACGUUACGAAACGAGGCAGCGGAAAUGUCCUAAGUGUAACUGCGCCUUCGGCGCCAACGAUUAUCAUCGACUGUACUUGUCAACAUGAAGAAGGUACUGACUUGUUAGAAAAUACGCAGCGUGUUCCGCUGGGAUUGUCCGCGCGCACGUUAUGAAACGCAGCAGUGUAAAUGUUCUAAAUGCAAUUGCGUCUUCGGCGCUAACGAUUACCACCGACUGUCCACUUGUAGAAGGUGCUAAUUCGUUGAAAAAUACGCCGUGGUGUAGAGUAAUGUUUUGUAAUAUGUUACGUGAACAUUUCUCUUACCUUUUUUAUAUAUUUUAUUUAUUACUCUGACUUUUUUUGUGGAACGACGAUAUGCAGAAUGACUAUUCUUGAAUGCGAUAAUGAAUCACGAAUUUUGGUAAGUUCUUAUUGAGACCAUAGUACAUGAAAGAAGAACAUAAGUCAAAGAACUUUAGUAGAAUCACAAUCGAGAAAAUUAAAGUCACUACAUGAUUUAUUUAUUUAAUUAUAUUUUUUCAUGCAUUAUAUAGUUUAUAUAUAAAGGCUACAUUCUUCAUUUGGUGCUAAUGCUUGCGAGUAUCAUUUAUCCUUGUUUAAUAUUUAAUAACAAGAAAUUUUGACAACAAUGAAAUGAUUCUAAAAAUAUUACGAGCUUUAAGUGGAACGCAUCCAACUAAUGUGAGAAUUCAAUAUUUAAAAAUAAAUAAGAGGGGGAGAGAGGGAGGAGAAAGGGGAAAGAGAGAAAAAUGUUGAAUUAGUAAGUCUAUUUUUUUUAUCUUUUUGCAUAUUUCAUCUUUUUCUUUCAACGUAGAAGAGAAGAAAAGAAAACAUGAUUUAUAGAAAGAGUUCAGCUGAAAAGAACAGACCAAAUAAAUAAAUAAGCGAACAAAUAAAGUAUGUAGUGUAGUAAGGUGUGUAAUGUAGAAAAGAAAGGUUAAGGAAAGAACUAUUAAAUUUUUAGUUAGUCAAUACAGUUACAUGAGCUACAAACUUUCAAUUUUAUUUAUAAUAAGAUUUAUUUAAUUAAUCUUUGAUCUCGUUUUUAAAAUAAGCUUGCAAAAUUAUUGUUACCAUCUACACAUAGUACAAUCGAUUGCCUAGAUUAUUACCUUUCUAAAAUGAAUUACUUUUCUCUGAACGACAAUUUCUUAUUUGAAAUGUUUUAUACGCGAUAAAAUGAAAGUUACUUAUUAAUAAAAGAGAUAGAGUUUGUGGCUUCAAAAAAAUUAUUACUCGUUAAUUUAGUAAAAACACUUUGAAAUUAUUAAUCUAAAUUACUGAUAAUGUUCAAUUGUUAUAAUAACACAUUAUUUAGAGUGCGAUCCACUUUAACACUGCUAAUGCUUCGAAAUAUUUGAUUGACAAAUCAGCAUAAAGAAUUUCACUAAUUGAUUAAUCAAAGAAUGCUUCAAAGCAUUUGUAGCAUCAGAUUGGCCAUAGCCUGAAAUUUAAUUACUAUUCAAAAUUUUUGUGUAACUAUAAAUUUGCUGAACGUAAUUCAGUCAGACUCGGUAUGUUCUAGACUCUAGACGUUAAGCCUGCUUAGAUCGUAUAAUUUAAUUUCAUUAAAAUUUUUACUACCAAGGAAGUUUGAAAGUUUUAAAGAAGUGAUUUAAUCACACCUCACUUCCGGAAGUAAACUUUUUUUCAUAGUUCUCAAAAUCACUAAUUGGCAAUUCGUGUGAUAAUCACGCUGAGUUAUUUAUUUAAUUAAAAGAAUAUGAUUUAGAGCAAACACGGUCCAAAUUCGCUUUGUCUAUUGUUUAUAAUACGAGACAGGCAAACUGAUUAAUAACAGCGAUGUCUUGUACGAUAAUUACUCGAUAUUAUUCAAUAAGAAACGAAUUUUUUAUGCUGAUCGUGAAGAUGUUUGUGAGGAUUUUCAUCGAAAUUGCUAAUCAAUUAGAAAAUAAAAAUAAACGAUUAAAAACAAAAAAGUGAAAUAAUCCAGCUUUAACACGCUGUUUUAGAAUAUCUUUAAAAAAUGUAUUUUAUUUAAGAAUUCUAUAUGUAAGCACUGAUAUAUAAAGAUAUAUAAAGCAAAAAGUAAAU